AUGCAGAUGAUUACUGCCCCGGACACCAUUGAUGAAGCGGUGCAAACUAUAACCCCUUAUCUGGACGGCACAAGAAAUGCUGCACACAAGCCCAUCUAUUUUGAUGGAUGGCGAGGGUUGGCUGCUUCAGCGGUGCUUAGAGCUAUAGCUAAAGACCCUCCACCGUCUCUACUGAAUAAAUUCAACAAGAUCAUCCACGUUGAUUGCUCGAGGUGGAAAAGCCGAAGAGUGCUCCAGAGGACAAUCGCACAAGAACUAAAGCUUCCUCAGCGGGUAAUGGAUAUUUUUGAUAGACAAGAUGAAGAAGAUGAUUUCAUGGGGGUAGAUGAAAGCUCAAGAGCUGAGAUACAAGAUGCUGCAUUAGAGAUCUAUCACACAAUACAAGGCCACAGAUGUUUAGUGGUCUUCCAUAAUGGGAGCCACAACACAGUUGACUUGAAUGAUUUUGGCAUUCCUCUAUUUUCAUGGUCUGGUAAUCUAGUAUUGUGGACCUUCAGGGGGAGGCUUCGACUCAACUCGGAAAUUAGUGAGAAGGUGGAUAAUUCACAUCUUUUCAUUUAUAAUGAUUAUGAUUAUAGAUAUGGAAAGUAUAAUUAUUGGUUGGAGGAAGAGGCAAGAGAAAUAGAUGGGGAUAAUCUUGGUAAACCAAUUCAAGAAUGUUGCAUGUAUCUGCUGUCAUUAAAUUAUCAGGGAGGCAACAUCAUGGACUACAACUGGGGCACCCAUGCUUCGAGCUAUUGGGUCUGUGAUGGGAUUAUACAAGGAGGUGAGGGUGACAAAGCAUGGGAGGUUGCAGCUGCACUGCGUCAACACAUAAAUAUCGAGGAUUAUUCAUCUAAUACCUUGCCCUCUUUUGGUCAUAAACUUCAGACUCCUCUGAAACGGUGGAUAUUGUCCAAGGACAUCUCUGUUGUGCAUCCAGAAUCAACAUCAUUUUUCCUUGCAAGCGAGUCUGAUCCAUUGUUAAGACCCUUACCUAAUGACAUGUUUCAUCAAUCGGACAAACUUCGUGUGCUCAAGUUAUGCCACUGCACCUUCAGUUUUUCCUCUCCUCCUUUUCGUUGUUGCCACAAGUUGAGAUUCCUUGGAUUAGAUAGCUGCCAGGAUCUACGACCAGAAGAAGAUGAGAAGCAAGAUAUGGAUUUUUUGAAGAGCCUAUGGGUGAUAGACAUACACAAUACAGACUGGAAUCUGCCUUCAUCACCAGAGAUAAUAAAGCAGAUGGCUGCAAACAUUAGGGAAGUACAUAUAAAGAAUGGAAGGUUUUGGCACAUCAUUUUUGCAUUGGGACAACCAGAAAAUCUUCACAAGCUUCGAGUUAUUGACCCUACAUGCUGCUCUUUGGAGACAGGCUUGCCCAGCUUGUCAAGUUCAACUAGCCUCAAGACUCUGGUUCUAGAUGGUUGUGUUGGUUUGGAGCAUGUGGAAGGACUCCCUCCAUCACUUGAAUCAUUCAGCUUAGAUGCAAGACCAAGAAAAGAUGAUUUCAAGGAAGCCAAAAUAAGCCGCAUCUCCUUGGCCGGUUGUGCAAGAUUGUCUGAAUUCACACUGAGGGGAUCACUUCCAAACCUUGAGGAGCUGGACCUCUCAGGCACAAGAGUCAAGACACUUGAUCUCACAACUCAGGUGGUGCAGGUCCCAUGUCUCUAUCAAAUUAUUCUAUUGGGAUGUAUGCAGCUCCAUGCCAUUUUAUGGCCAGAAGAAGGCCUGCCAACACUGAGAGUGCUGCAUAUUGUUGCCUCGGUUUGUCCUGCUCAAGCUAAAUUGCAUGAAGUGUAUGUUACUAUAUUGGACAUAAGGUUUUUUCGGUCCUUGGUAUUACAAAGCAAUGUUCAAUUCUGUUGGAAGAACAAUAGGUUCCAUCUAAAUCUUUGUGUCCCUUGUACCACCAAUGUUAAGCGACAAAGCUAUAUGAAGGAGAAGAUGGGCCCUGGUGCUAGUGGGAAAAUAAUGGGUCCUCCUCAACCAAAGUCAUUAAACCCCAAUACUUGCAGCACCUACAUUGAUGUCUCUGUUGGCAACAUAAUUAUUGAUCACGACUACAACGAUGGAAUGCAGUUUCAGCCAUCGGGCUGCCAUGUGGAGAUUGGUACGGGAGUUAGCAACGCUAGCGUGGAGAGUGUACAAGCAAUCAAGGCUAUCAUGUUUGCAAUGAAUGAAUCCGAGUCGCUGCAUGUUCAUGACAAUUUUUUCAUCGCCACUGUCAUCCCUGAACACAUGAUCUCUGGAUUUGGGACAAAUCUUGAUUGGAAACAUCUAAAACAUUGUCAUGUGGUGAGGUGCUCCAAGGUGCACACAGUCUUCAUGACUAACUAUGAUGGCUGGCCCUUCACAGAAAUAGAGACCUUUUGGGCGGCUGAUCUACCAAUGUCACACUGCAUUUGGAGCAAAGGAAGGACCUACGGUGGCAGCGCAACUAGGUGCUUUGCCAAACUGUGGAGCAUACGCCUAUACUCUUGCCCAAGGCUCGAAUUUGUGCUUCCGUUAUUGUGGGGUAUUCAAGGAUCAUACUUGCACAAUUUAGAAAGUCUCCACAUUGUCAACUGUGGUGAUCUAAAGACGGUGUUCCCUGUUCAUCCUGGCCUCAAAAAACAUGUACUCGAGUUCCCAAGGCUGAAGCACAUCCAUCUGUAUGAGCUCUAUAAGCUGCAGCAUAUAUGUGAGGUGAAGAUGCAUGCGCCCAAGCUUGAGAGGGUAUGGCUGAGGGGCUGCUGGGGCCUCAGGCGCCUCCCCGCCGUCAACCAAGGUAGCCGUCGCCCCGUCGUGGACUGCGAGCAGGACUGGUGGGAGAAGCUGGAGUGGGACGGGCUGGAGGCUGGGCACGACCCUUGCCUCUUCGAGCCAUGCCACUCGUCGCAUUACAAGAAGCCCUUGCCCAGAGUUUCAGUGCUUCGGUGA